UAGUCGGUUCAUUGUAAAAAAAAAUACCUCCGUUCUCAGUCUCACUCACUUCCUUUUGCAAAUCCCAGUUUCCCUUUUUCGUCCUUCCAAUUUCAAUGGCGGAGGAUGAUAUAAUAAGCACUUUACCGGACGCGAUUCUGUGCCACAUUCUCUCUUUUCUGGAAACCAAACAAUCAGUUGCCACAAGAAUUCUUUCCAAGAGGUGGAACCCUCUCUGGCGUUCAGUUACCACUCUGCGCUUCAACACCAAAGUUACAAACCAAAUCUCCAAUUUUGACUUUAACGACUUCGUCUACUCCGUUUUACUCUCCCGAGAUGCCACAUUACCCAUUAAGACUUUCCACCUUGAUAUUGAAUACUCGCAAGAUGUUAAGUGCCCAAUCAAGAGUAUCACCGAAUGGGUCAACUUUGUGGUUCAACGCGGUGUUGAAUACCUUCAUCUCUAUUUGGUGUCAAUGUCAGAGUCGUGGCUCAAAUUGCCCAUCACCAUUCUCACCUGCAAAACCCUCGUGGUUCUCAAUCUUUCUGGUUUCCGUGUAGAACAUUGUUGUUUUUCUUCAAUUCUACUUCCUUCCCUCAAAACCUUUCAUUUGGAUUAUGUCCAGUUCCCAAAACUUCAAGAUUUUAUGCUGUUUCUAACCGGAUGUCCAAUUCUUGAAGAUUUACUCACAUGUGAUGUGUCCUUUGAUUCCGAUGAGUCCUUUGAUUGUAGCAAGUGGAUGAGUUCUUUAUUAACUAACUUGGCCCGAGCCGACAUUGAUUGCUUUAGUUAUUAUCUUCCUCUGAAAGCAGUUCACAAUGUACAAUCUCUGCGAUUUCAAUUUCAUCAGGUAUAUUACCAUGAUGAUAUGAUUCCUACUUUUCAUAAUUUGACCCAACUAAAGCUUAUUUGUUAUGAUUAUAGUAAGGACUUCUUACUUGAUGUUCUCAACCACUGUCCUAAGCUUCAAAGUUUUGAUCUUGAUGAGGUUGUAAAAACUGAGGAAGCAUUGGAUAAAAAAGAAGACAAAGAAAAUUGGGUAUUCCCUGAUGUUGUUCCGCAAUGCCUUUCAUUACACCUUAGAACAUGCAAUUUGUUAAGUUUCUCAGGUUUACAUGGUGAGCUUAUGCUAGUAAGGUAUAUUUUGAAGAAUGCAAGUGUUUUACAAACCAUGAAAAUCUGGAACAGUGGACAGCCUGAAAUAGAAAGAAUAUUAUCCGAAUUGCCAAGGGCCUCUGUAACGUGUAAACUUACAGUUAAUCGUGCUCCAUGGGAUGGGGGGCCCGAUUAUCCACGGUUCGGCCGCUUGUAACAUAUCAAGAACGUGUCAACGUUGAUGAGGAGUUUGAAAUAGUUUAGGAUCAUGGACCUUGGCAAUGAAUUUUAUGAUCUUUUUUUGGAGAUAGCUUUGUAGCACCGACACUUCUGAUUGAAACCGUGACCGACGUAGACAUAUGUAAUUGUGGUCAAUUAUAUCAUUUUCUCAAAUUACUCCCGGUUUUGGUGUGUCAAUGUUGUAUCGUGUAAUUGCUUAAUAGGGAGGUAAAGUUUAGACUUUAUAUAUGUUUGUACUAAUGUUUUUCUGGACAAAACAAUUUGUGCAUGGAGUGAAGUGACAGUUCUCCAUGAGUUGUAUUUCUUUUGUAGUAACAAUACUUUAAAUGCAAAAGGAAUUAGUUUUCUUCC